GUUUCUGGACCAGUGAGGCCUCCUGCUCCUCUCCUCCUUCUUCUGGGGCCUCCCUGAGUCUGGCCUCUAAUCUGCCUACCCACUGGCAUGACUUUUGGAGUAGGGGUUCUAAAGUAUGUCAAGCAAGAGUAGAUGACUGAGGACUAGGGACACAGAAAAAGCAGAGGUGGGGAGGGAGACCAGGAGCCCCAAGGGUUUCUUGCCACCUUUUGGCCAGAAACUUUUGAAUCUUUCCCUUCUCCUUCUCUCCUUCCCUAAGUGUUCUUUGUUCUCCCCUGCCAGAUUCCUGGUGAGCUGGAUGCCUGUUACAAUGUCUUGCUGAGCCUCCGGAGCCCAGGGAUGGAAGGCCCCCCUGGGGGGGGCACAGCCCCACCACCCAGGCCUGCUGCCCCAGAGAGACCACCUAGCCUGGUCCUGAGAUCAGAAAGUGAGGAAGAUGUGGAAGCUGAAGAUGGUGAGGAGGGGAGCCCUGUGGCCGCCCUGUAUCCAGCCAGGCCCCCUGCUCCCAGAAGCAUGGAAGGCCUCAGGGAUCCCCAGGAUAAUGAUGGUGUUGCUGAUGGGCCACCCCAUCAUGGCCUCGGCGACACCCUCCCCUCUGCCUCUGCCGCCACCACCGCCCACCGGAGCAGCAGCCGCUACCGGGAUGGAGGUGGUGCAGAAUUCCCUCUGGGUUCCCCACCGCUGCUGCUCCUGGGCCGGUUCCCUAGCCCUUCGGACGGGAGGGGCAGCCGGGCACCGUGGGAACGCCCUCUCUGUGUGGAUAGAGGGGCCGAUGUCAGGGAGGAAAGCACUUUAGAGAGGCCGUCCAGCUCCAGGGAGGCUGGGGCCCCGUUCUGUUCCCAGGAGGCCUCCUUUGUCAGCGAGUCCAAAGCUGUACAUACUGUGAACACUCACACUGAAUUGGGAGGGGGGCCGGAGCUUCGAGGAGCUCCUGAGAUUGCGGCUGAGCCCCCUGUUCCCCUGGGGUCCUGGGAGGACAGGCACCCCCCUUCUGAACCAAAGCCCCUUGACACUUUCCACAGAGAGCACUUAUUGAAGAACAAGAAGGGCAUCCUGAGGUUUGAUUGGUUCUCAGACCCUGAUGAGCAUGCCCACUAUAGGGAAAAGGGCCAAGGCCUAGACAGUGGGGUUGGGCAGUCAAUGCGAGUCCAGCCCCUUCGAGAGGCGGCUCCGCCACUGGCCCUUCCAGGUUUCAGGAAAAGCCCUGCUCCUGGGGUAGGCAAGAUGAGAACCCUGGAGCCAGCAGUGGUCACUGAAAGCAAGGGGUUGGUGGCAGAGCCAGAGGUGUCUGAGAGGAGCCCUCUUCCUGAGCCCCGCCCUGAGUGGGUCCUGCCCAGACCUGGCCUUCAGGCCGGUCCCGAGCUGGCCAUCAGUAAACAGACAUGGACAGUGAAUGAGGAAGACUCAGUGGAACGGCUGUCCCUAGAACCCCCACCCUGUGGCCCCUAUGACAUUGAAAUGAGGCCCUACUUCUGUAACUUGGUGGAGGAGGCUGAGAAGGAAGCACUGGGGCAGGAGGAAGACCCUGCUGUCUACACUUGCAUUGAGUGUAGCAUCUACUUCAAGAAGAAGGAGCAUCUCCUGGAUCACAUGAUGCAGCACAGCCGAGGCCCUGGGCAGGACCCUGUAGGUGACUCCCGAGGGGGACACUCCUGCAGCGAGUGUGGCUGGGCAUUUGGGGACCCUGGCACUCUGGAGCAGCACCGCCGGCUCCACCAGGAGUCUAGGGAGAAGAUUAUUGAGGAAAUCCAGAAACUGAAUGAAUACUCAGAUGAAGGGCGAGAUGCUCGACUCCAAUGCCCCAAAUGUGUGUUUGGCACCAAUUCCUCCAAAACCUUUGUGCAGCAUGCCAAGAUGCAUGUCAGGGAGAGGAGGGACCAUGGGGCCAAAGGCCUGGACCUCUCUGGCCACUCAGAAGGUGAGUCCCAGGACAGUCCUAGCCACCUUGCCUACAAACCCUUCAGACCCAAUGAGCCACCACUAGCCCAGGGACCAUCCCUGGGGCUAGGAAAGGGCCUUCACAGUUGCAUCCUCUGUGGUUUCCCAGCCCCUAAUGAGAAUGUUUUGAAGGAACAUGUCAAGUAUGCCCACUCUCAGCAGCCCUGGGGGGGAGAUGUUGAAGCUUUCGAGGAUCCAGCCAGCCAACCUGGAACUAGCCAUGACACCUACAGCCCCGCCCGGCUAGCCCGCAUGCCCGAUGUGGACUAUUUUGGCAAAGCAGACAGGUUCUUUGCUCCAGCAUGGCAGGAAGGCUCUGUUCAAUAUGAUCCUACCCUUGCCUUCACCUUGGGACACCAGCGGCUGGACAGGAGUGGCCGGGUAAAGAAGGGCUAUCACACUGCUAGCUUCCAUUCAAGAAAGAUGUUCCCAUAUGGUUCCACCCACAAGACCUUGGGAACAUUGCCAUUCUCCCAGGCCAAAAUGUAUAACCCCUACACAUUGCAUUCUAGUAAAAAAAAAAGCAUGGCCCACCUGAGGGACCUGGAGAGUGACAUGGGUCGAGACUUCCUCACUGGGUGGGAGGAGCUCAGGCCUCCAGGGUCCUAUACCAGCGAUAUGGGGAGCAUGGAGGAGGAGAUGUCCUUAACCACUGAGAUUGACUUUCCUCAGAACCGAAGCUUUAACCCUAUCACCGUCCCCCGACCCGCCUUGGAACUCAAGAGGACUUUUCGAGAUGCUUUGCAGAAGGCCGAGUCCUCAGAGGCACAGCAGUACCAGCUGCGGAAGAUGGUGCCCAUCGUCCUUGUGGAGGAGAUGAACCUGCAGCCCUCCCGGGGAGCUUUCCAAGCCCACGGUCGGCUGACAAAGCCUCCAGGGGCCACCUCUUCCACAGAGUUGAUGCUGGAUGGGCCUAUCCCACUGGAUUUGCUACUGCUGGACUCCCCGCUAGAAGGGCCCUUGGGAAUUGAUGACCUCUUCGACUCAGACUCCCCCAUGCUAAAGAAUGAGGAGAGGAAGUGCCCUUACUGCCCAGACAGGUUUCACAAUGGGAUCGGCCUGGCUAACCACGUUCGGGGCCACCUGAACCGUGUAGGGGUGAGCUACAAUGUCCGGCACUUCAUCUCUGCAGAAGAAGUGAAAGCAAUCGAGCAAAAGUUCUCCUUCCAAAAGAAGAAGAAAAAAGUUGCCAACUUUGACCCCAGCACAUUCAGCCUGAUGCGCUGUGAGUUCUGUGGAGCAGGCUUCGACACCCGAGCAGGCCUCUCCAGCCACGCCCGGGCUCACCUACGUGACUUUGGCAUCACCAACUGGGAGCUCACCAUUUCACCCAUCAACAUUCUCAAGGAGCUGCUGGCAGCAUCAGCGGAGCGUCCUGUCUUGGUAGCCCCAGGCCCCGGAGAGCCCGGGUCCCCAGGCUGUGAGCGGGAGAUGCUGGGCUUUGGCCCACCCAGCCUGAUGACUCUGUCUGAGUGCAGAGGUCGGGGCUCGCCUCUCUCUCCAUUCCCCCAAGCCUGGGGUGAUGAGUUGGGGCCAAUCUACCGAGAUGUCCUGACCUCUGAGGAAGAAGAGAUGGUGGCUGUGGAGCUGGCCUCACCCCCACUCCCAAAGAAGAGUGCUCUUCCACCUGGGCAGCUAGAGCAGACCACCAGCAGGUUGGGUAACAAGAUGUCUCCAGAGAUCCCCCAUGGGAGCAAACAAGAGCCCCCAGAUCUCAAGGCUCAGAAUCUGACAACAUGUGAGGUGUGUGGUGCUUGUUUUGAGACCCGAAAAGGCCUUUCCAGCCAUGCGCGCUCCCACCUGCGUCAGCUAGGUGUGGCUGAGUCUGAAAGUAGCGGAGCCCCCAUCGACCUGCUGUACGAGCUGAUGAAACAGAAAGGAAAACCUGACAGCAGCCCCCUGCCCCCGCCCCUGGCCAAGAAAUCCGGCUCCCCGAAGGAGGCGAUCGCUGCCUCUUCCCGCCCAGGCCUGCUGACCCUCAGCAAGGCAGUUGACAGACCCCCUGAGCUCCCCAUCAACAAGGCCAUCAAGUCACCCCCUGGCUUCUCAUCCAAGGGCCUUUCCCACCCACCAGGCUCCCCUCUCCUCAAGAAGGUGCCGCCUACCUUGUCGGGGUCCCCCCCACCCAAGAACCCUGAGGACAAGAGCCCCAAGCUGCCCCUGAGCCCCCUGUCAGGCUCCCCGAAGGCGCAGUGGCCCCAGCCAGAGGAUGAGGGGCCCCUGAACCUCACUUUAGAUAGUGAUUCGGGCAGAGAGCUUGAUUGCCAGUUGUGCGGGGCCUGGUUUGAGACCAGAAAGGGCCUGUCCAGUCACGCCAGAGCCCACCUGCGCCACCUGGGGGUGAGCGACCCGGAUGCCAAGGGAUCCCCCAUAGACGUGCUUCACGAGCUCAUCAAGAGCGACGGCUUCCAGACCCGCCUCCCGGCAGAGCGGGAGUUGCUGGCAGAGCCUGGGCGGUCUGGCCUUUCGGCCCUCCGGCCCUCGGCCACGGCUCUCUCACUGCUCUCCCCCCCGCCCGCCAAGAAGCCCAAACCGAGGGCGUCGGGUGAGGCCAGCCUUCGGGGGAAGCAGGAUCUCUCUGCCAGCAUAUUCUGGGCCUCAGACGUGGAGCUGUCUCCUCUCAAUCUCUCAUCAGGCCCAGAGCCAGUCAGGGACAUCCGUUGUGAGUUCUGUGGCGAGUUCUUUGAGAAUCGAAAAGGUCUAUCAAGCCAUGCACGCUCCCACCUGCGGCAGAUGGGAGUGACAGAGUGGUACGUCAACGGCUCGCCCAUUGACACCCUGCGAGAAAUCCUGAAGCGCCGGACCCAGCCUCGGGCUGGAGGACCUCCCAACCCAACCUUGCCAGGCCCAAAGGGACUGGCCAAGGCAAUGGGUGGGGGCCCUGGUGGCUCCCUGGAGGCCCGAAGUGCUUCGGAACUGCAUGUACCUCCCCCUCCCAAGAAACUACAGCCGUCUAGCAGCCCCCUGGGCCAUUCACCAACCACCUCUCCGCCACCAACUGCUCGGAAGAUGUUCCCUGGUCUGCCACCUCCCUCCCUCCAGAAGAAACUGAAGCCUGACCAGAUGCGGAUGGAGAUCAAACGGGAGAUGUUGGCUGGAAGCCUGCACAGUGAAGGCCACCCAUCUGAUGGACCCUGGUCACCUCGUGAGGACAUGGCACCCCUGAAUCUAUCUUCCCGGGCUGAGCCGGUCCGGGACAUCCGCUGUGAGUUCUGUGGUGAGUUCUUUGAGAACCGCAAGGGCCUAUCAAGCCAUGCACGCUCCCACCUGCGACAGAUGGGGGUGACCGAGUGGUCAGUUAAUGGUUCUCCCAUUGACACUCUUCGAGAGAUCCUAAAGAAGAAGGCCAAACCAUGUCUCAUUAAGAAGGAACCUGCUGCAGGCGAACUGCCCUCACCCCUGGGUGAGGAUGGGCCCAAAUCCCCUGGGAAGGUGCUUCAGGCCCUGUCUCUGACCCCAUUGGCCGGUCGUCCAGGCAAACCUGGGCCUGGCUCUGCCAAUGUCCCCCGGGAGAUGAGCCUUUCGCCUCUUGCCACCAAGCCAUCUACUGGUUUCCUCACCCCCAUGGCAUUAAAGCGGCCACUGCCUGAAGACCGACUUCUCUCUGGGGAAAUGAAGCCUAAGACCUAUAUACAGACCGAGCUGCCCUUCAAGACCAAGACCAUUCAUGACAAAAGCUCACACACUUCCAGUGAGGCCUGUUGUGAGCUGUGUGGCCUCUAUUUUGAGAACCGGAAGGCACUGGCCAGCCACGCUCGGGCUCACCUGCGACAAUUUGGGGUGACAGAGUGGUGUGUGAAUGGCUCCCCAAUUGAGACCCUGAGUGAGUGGAUCAAGCACAGACCCCAGAAGGUGGGGGCCUACCGAAGCUACAUCCAGGGUGGCCGGCCCUUCACCAAGAAGUUCCGUAACUCAGGCCACGGGCGAGAUGGGGACAAACGAGUGCCCUCACUUGGUCCCAACAGCCUCACCCUAGUGAACAAGAACCUGGGUGGUGAGCUGGGGCCUGGGGAAGUGGGCCGCACUGGAGAUGGUGGUGAGCGGCCCCUGGCAUCACCUUUGGCUUUGGUCAAAGCAGAGGAACACCAGCGUCAAACAUCCAAUAGUGAGUGUUGAGCUUUGAUCAGCAGG